CCGCGACGGUCGAUCGCAAAAAUUCAAGUCCGUCGUUCAUCAGUUUCCAUCCCGUGUUUCGCGGUAGUGUGCCUUCGGUCGGUGGUGUCGUGCGCUGGUGCUCUCUGUUGCUGCUGUGGUAGUGUCGAGCAAAUCGAGCUCAUCGCAGCAGUCCACAAUAUCAAAGUUAGCGCAGAGUGUGCAGUUUUGCAGCCCUUUCUUUAGCCAGUUUUCCCCAGUUCCCUAGUGUGGUGGAAGUUAUUCGCUGAUUUUUGGACUUUUCCAAGGGUCAUUGAGGUAUAGUUUAGUUCCCGACGACGACGGAAGUUGCCUGUUCGUGUGCCUGAAGUUGGCCGUGUGUGCCGAGAAAAGAAAAAUUCGUUCGCAGUGAAAAUUGUGAAGUGCAGAAAAAGUAAAGGAAGUAAGUUUUCCGCGAGGAAAAAAAACGAAGUCGAUAAAUUGUGUGAACCUUUCGAAGGUUAUGAAAAAUUUUAAGUAAGGGAUCAGAUUUUUUCCGAUAGUGUGGCCUCAAGAGGUAUUUCAGUAGUUCAAGAAGCAGUUAUCUUAGCAACCCACCGUCGUUAAGGAAGGGUGGUCCGUUAAAGGAAAGAGGUAAAGUUGAGCGAAGAAAGGUAAUAAAUAGCGAGGAAGAAAAAGUGAAAAGUAUUCAACCUAGAAGAGAAUCUACUUGCAUUGGACGGACGAAAGAGAAUACGACGGGUGGUUGGCGAUCAGCAGCACCAGACUAUUGGUUGGCUCCCCGAGUGUGUGUGUCCGCGGACGGUUCUCGCGCGCCUGUGUGCGAAAGCAGAAGUAAAGGGAAGACCAGCAGAUCUAGCAGAGAUCUCACCGCCGAGGGAAGAGACCGCCCCCGACCGGGGAACUCGAAGACCGGAAGUGUCUGGACGUAAUCCCGUCAAUUGCGCAGCGGAGACUUUUCCGAGAGGCCAGGACAAGAGUUAUGUGAGCCACUUCAGUUGCAGUGGCUAUCCAGAUCAGCAACAUCAUAAAAUUAACACCUUGCAUCAGCGUCGGCACCAUCGGUGUUCUUCAGGCCGAAUCGUCAGGCAAGAGCAGCAGCCUUCCAACCACUAUCUGUCGGGAGCCACCACUGGAUGAUUAACAGAAAACAAAGAGAGGCCCCCCGAUUGACACACGGAAAUAUCGGGAAAAUCCGCGUCAACCUGAAACGUAUACCUUUAUGUAUGGGUUUUCCUUUCUAGCAGCAGCAGUGAGCAGCAAGUUGCCUUCGCGUUUUCCAAUGAUCGCUUUAUCGGUUGUUAUAUGGUGAAAAUAUCCACAGAAAAGUAGUGUUAGACUUAGUGAGUGUAUGCAUAAAAGCGAGCAGGCUAAAAUAAAUCACAGUGUUGCGUCGAAAGACAGUGUUCUGCUGUAAGUCAGCGGUGUGUUCGUAUGUGUUUUGUAUAAAUUCUGAAUACCUUUACGCUGGGAAACAGAAACAGCGACCCAUAACUAUAGCGGAUAGUGGAAGACAGCAAGGCGAAGAAAAGUGAUUGCAGUAAAAAGAAAGAAGCGCAAGAGUGAGAGUGCGGGAGGAAGCAACGAAAAAAUAUUAGCCGCUCGGAAGAGCACCCAUAUUUAUGUAUUGCAGUAACCAGAGUAGUAUGGCUACUCUGUUACAGCAGAAAAGUUUUAUGAAAAAUCUGACCAAUGGAACAAACAACGUGGUGGUCGUAAAUGGCACCAACGAGAACCAGGCGACGACAAUGGUGGCAGCCGCGGGGACCACGAUGGCCUCCGUUCCCGGCAGUGCAAGUCGAAUGCUUCUGCCACACGAGACAGCCACCUUGAUCCAUCAGCAACCGUUGAUCCAUCAACAAACAUCAGUCAACAAUUCAUUCACCUCGACGCAUUCGUCUGCCUCCAGCUCGAUCAGCCUAACCAACUCGAGCAACUUCAAUAGCCAAUUCAUCAGUCAUCUCCAGAGCAAUCACCAUCUUUCAACACAACAGAUCUUUGGCACUAGCAGUAGUCAACCGCAUAUAGUGACCACGACUGCCACUCCCACCACUUCCUUUCAAAGCCAGUUCAACAAUGCCUACGUUGACGUCAAUGCAAUAUUUCGUCCAGCAGCAACAUCACCCACCACCACUAGUUCUGCAACAAUGCACCAACAAUCCUUCUCGUCAUCCCAUCAUCCCCUGCCACAUCUAACAAACAACAACAGUAGUUCCCUAGUGUACAUAAAUGGAUCCCAACUGAGUGCGACGACGGUGCUAUCCAAGUCGUCGUCGUUGCUGCUUCAUUCUCAUAAUCAACAGACUGUAUCCGAGAGCCAGACUGCCAACACCACCGAUUCCGCCGUUCGGUCCACAGCGGCCUCCGCCGACGGAUACGGUGGAUGUGGAAACGGGACAGACGAAAAGCCUGCCACUGCCACCGAAGCCGCCCCGGACGGAAGCCUAGAUGCGAAAUCCGGUGUGGUCGUCACCGCCGCCAGUGAAAAGGAAGAGGACCAAGAGCAGGAAGCGGAGCCCGAGAUUGACAUUGUUAUCAACAAUGUAGUGUGUUCGUUCAGCGUGCGCUGCCAUCUGAACUUGCGUGAUAUUGCCCUUAAAGGCUUCAACGUGGAGUUUCGUCGAGAGAACGGAAUGGUCACGAUGAAACUACGGCGUCCAUAUACGACCGCAUCGAUAUGGUCUUCAGGCAAGAUUACCUGCACUGGUGCUACAUCGGAAGAUCAGGCAAAGGUUGCGGCCCGUCGUUACUCGCGAUGCCUUCAAAAAUUAGGUUUUAAUGUUAGGUUUAGGAAUUUUCGAAUCGUGAACGUGCUGGGGACGUGCAGUAUGCCAUGGGGCAUAAUGAUCGUGAACUUUUCUGAAAAGUACAAGAAGGAUGCCAGCUAUGAACCGGAAUUGCACCCGGGUGUUACCUACAAGCUGUACAACCCGAAAGCGACGCUGAAGAUUUUUUCCACCGGCAGCAUUACAGUGACGGCCGCCAGCGUUGCGUACGUACAAGCCGCCAUCGAGCACAUAUUCCCGCUGGUCUACGAAUUUCGUAAGAAACGAACCCCGGCGGAAAAGAUGGAAAUGAUGAAGCUGCCUGUAUUCGAUCCGGAGUCGCUGAUUGAGGAAGAAUGUGAUAUCGAGUCGGCCACCACGUUCCCCCAAGGGGAGAAUAACAAAGAUGGCGACGAUGACGAUGCAGACGCAUUCGACGACGACGAAGAUGUUUGCAUCAUCAGCAACGACACCAAAGCAAUAAACCACCUGCGGAGGAAUCGCAGCCGAUUUUGCAAGUCUCGCUAUAGCAGUUCGAGGAAUGGGGGUCGGCGGCGUCCUGCCGGCAAGGCGGAUAAUGAUCCCAACGAGGACGCGAUGUUCGUGUCGGAUGACGACGCAGACGUCAUCGAGGAGGUGAUCGAAAGUGACGAUGAGUAGACCGAUAAUUAUUCAAUCGUAGUUUCCUAAUUUCCUCUCGCUUUACUCAUCUUGUGCACAAUCGUGUCCAAGGUACAUCCCGGCCCGAGUGGACUAUCAUAAAUAUAUACGCUUGUUCAACAACGUUAUCUUUAGUAUGUUUCACCCGUCUGUUUUCUAUUGUUUUCUAAUAGAAAAAAGUGUGGUUUCAUGUGAGGAACACUGGUCAUAGACAAAGGCACACACAACGUUGAGCAAUUGAACAAGCCUCUCCUUGAUACACAUUUACCUAUAAACUACAACAAAUCCUGUGAAUAAUUACGAUUAUGUAUAAAAAAUAAUCAGCAUGGAAUCGAAAUUGUUCAGUUUCGUGAAUGUUUUGAGCCAAAAUAGAGUAGCCUUAUUUUAUAGUGAAGUUUCGCUUGCGUAACUUCAAGGUGUGCAACAGCAAUCCUAUUAUACUCUCAUUCGACACCGUUAGUUGAAGACACGAUUUAGGAUGUUAACUGUUAAUCUACUGGCAAGUUUGCACCAGAAUCAGAUAGUAAAGAAAACGAUCCUCGUUCGCCAAAGCGUUGAGAUAUUUACGGUUUUUUGUUGCUUAUACACCGAAAGCUGUGUAUCGACUUUGUUUUAUUAUCUGAGACCACAUCGUUUAGUUAACCUCUCAAGAAAUGAAUCGUAUGAAAUAAAGGGUUCCUGCAAAUUAAUGUCAGGCGAUACAGGCCAUGCCACGUCAGUAGAA